AGUACUCUACUACCCCUUUCCACGGUCGUUUACCCCGCUCACCUCGUACUUGAUCGCUACUACCUUCGCUGGUACAGACGCAUAGCCCAGCGACCCGGAAGCUUUUCGAUAUAAUAGGCCCCCUUUGAGGAACUGAUCCAGUCGUGAAGAGCAGUGCUUCAUCGCUAUUUUCGUCUUUCAGAUUUUUGACGCACACGUCUGGAUUUGCUUGUUGACGAUGGUUGUACUUCUUACAUCAAGUACAUCGGCCAAACCAAGAUUCAUUGAUUUCACAUCUACCCCUCUGCCCACCCACCCACACACCUAAACGGCACACUCGCCGAAAAGUCCACCUCUUUCCCUCGCAUAUACAAAUUUCGAGAUGGACAUCCUGGAUGGCGCUAACGGCAAGCUCUUUUCGUCUUUGGCGCAGCUCGUGCACUUCGUCUGUGGUGGCGUGUGCGGCUCUGCGUUCUCCGGCUCUGGUGCGCAUUCCGUCCUCCGUGGUGACCGCAGGAACUACGGCGCGAUCAAGUGGAGCGAGACCGUGGAGCGAAGAUUGUUCUCUCACGAUCUGAAUAAAGGCGCGAGGUUGAUGACAUCAGAGCCUGCCCUUCCGUCUGACAAUAAACAAGGCCCAGCUGCGUCGGAGGAACAGCACGGUUGGAGCACCGAAGAUGGUCGGCACAACACUGCAACAGGCAAUUUUGGGAGCGGAAAUGGUAAUAAAGUAGUUCUGGAUUUCUACUCACUGAACGGGGAAGUGUUGCGUGUAGAAAACGUGGAGCGCUUUCUCGUCCCUGAGGGAUUUGGUGUUGGUUCGGUAAAAGAGGAGGCUCCUUGUUCCAACAAAGCGAGCGGUGCUGCGAAAAAAAGGAAGGAGAUGUUGGAGGAAAACACAGAAACCGACACCAAACACGACCAAGCAGAACCGAAGGGGGUUAUAGAUGUCGGCAAGCUGAAAGCCUGGCUUCUGGCGGAAUGGAAUGCCAAGCGACAGGAGCAGAUCGGGUGGUUUGCCGGUUCUUUUGGUGAUGUAAUUAAUACGGAUCAACAUCAUCAAAGCUCGCUCGUUCGGUCGCAUUUUUCGCCAGAGGGUUUGGGCACAACAAGAAUGACCAACACCGCCAGAGGGGCGGGCGGCGAACUGGGAGCAAUAGGUGCGUCUUCAUCCUCGUCGGCUGGCGUGGUCUCCACCUUCCUUCAAAAUUCCACGUAUCUUACCGGCAACUGGCGGGUGGAUCUGGUUCUGCCGACGGAUGUUUCUACGAGGAGGACGUCAUCUCCUGCGAAAAAUGCGAUGAACGAGGAGGGCGAAGUGGAAGCGAUCGGCGGCAAGAACACAAAAAAUACUCAUCGGGAUGAAGAUCAAGAUGAAGACGGAAUUAUAAACGUCGACUUGCAGCAACAGAAGUCGUUUAUCUCUCUAAACCGGUUCAACUGCACAAGGUUGAAGAUGUUGCCCUCUAGUUGUACUUUCGGCGACAGGAGGACGGGGAUAAUAACAUCAGGGAGCGCCGGGCGGGAGGCGAAGAUUGAUGUGCCUGUGCCGACCACCUUGUCGCGGCCUGACGAGGAUGAUACUCGCAUAAGAAAUUAUAGCGAGCCCGAUGCGGAGAACGACGCGCCCGUGGGUUUUUUCUUUGAGCAGCAGAGGAGACCAGGCUCAACAGAGGAGGACGAUUUAUCUUACUCGGAGCCGCGGCCCGAUGAUAUCUCCUCAGCCGCCACCACGCCCCGCGGGGAAGAUGCUCCUCAACAACAUAUGGGGCGGCGACAAGCCAAAGCCUCGCCGCGGCAGGGUGUCGAGGAAGAGGGUGCGGUGCACAACAACUCCAACGCCAGCCCCAAUUUCUUCGUGAUCAAGCAGUUCCCCGAACGCAGCGCGCAGGUGUCGAAGCUACUAGAAACCGUGAAAACCCACUACGAAAGCGGUGGCGAUAUCCUAAAGUAAAAAUGUCUCCACGAUUCCAUAGUCAAGUAGAUGGGGAAUCUGCUACACAAAGCCACAAGUUUUGCCUGUCGAGCAUGACAAGCUUGAGCUCGUGUUGUAGUUGUCCUGUUUGGCUAGUAAAACCGCAUGACAAAUGGACCACCCUAUCCUGAUUCCAGCAUGACAAACUCAAAGAUAGCACUAGGGAAUGGUCCUCAUGGGGCUGGUGCGCAUGAGAGACAUUCAUUCUAGGCUUGCAGAUUCGCAUGACAAGUCUUGGAUUGGGACGUUUUUUCACAGCAUAGGCGAGUACACCGUUCGUGUGUUCGAACACCACGGCUUUGAAGAGAGUCUGCGCUAUGUAUUGCAAAAGUAUCGUAUACUCGUAUAACUCAUCGCAGUGUUGCAUGACAAAUCUAUGAGGUAAGGGAAGACAGCAUUACAAAUUGCAUUUUUUUUUUUUUUUAAAGAUUGUCAUGCGAUUUUGGUUUAUAAGUACGUCGUGCGAAGAAGAUGGUCAUGCUUUUGCAAUGCAUAUGCGCGUGCUGGAGCAGUUUUCGCACGCCCGCGCGUUUGAACACCGUCACAAGCUGACCAGCCUUCUGUGGGCGCACGGCGAGUGCAGUGGGCAGCUGCUACAAAUCCUGAGCAUGCACGACUCUCUGGACACGGUGAUUCUGGAGGGCGAUGGGGUACUCGAUAGCACAACAAAAACAACCGAGGAGGAACAUAGUAGUGCCAGUUCAUCUUUUUACGGGUCGAGGCAGGAGCUAGAAGACCUGUUCACGCAGCUUAGCAUCGCAUGUACGGAAACGAGGCACAGCGUCGCGCUUAUGUCCGCAGACACACGACAUUUCGCCAAAUUUCUCGCGCACAACCUCUCGUCGUUGCAGGCCCUGGCGCUGAAUACAAAAGGGUUGGUAUCAGACGGAAAUAGAAUUUCUUGAAUUUUCUCUGCGAGCACAGCGGCUGAACAUUUUCGAAUCUUUCGCGGCGCAGACCACCUAGAGACUCUUGUACUACUAGCAUUUUAUUCAUUGAUGUUGUCGAGUAUUCAUACGGUAUAGUGGAGGAGCAGGCGAGAUGAUCUUCUGUGAUUUGAUUUUUCCAUUUACUAGUCAAGUAGUACGCGACUGAAAUAAAUGUGCAUAAAUUUUUCGUGCCCUGAUGUGCUCGCAGCACGUUAAUUUAAACUUUUCUCCCACUCUGUCAUACCCGACCGACACUUUUGCGAAGACGCUCGCGUGUUUCCUGCCGACCUCGGUCCUGCAAACGGUCUCGCUGGCCGGCAACCGCAUCGGGGAUCUUGGACUCGCAUUUCUUGCGGUCGCCCUGGCCCAAAACGGCGUAGCGCUGAAGUCCCUCUCGCUUGGCCAGAACGCUUUCUCUGACGACGGGGUCCAGAGCCUGGCGUUCGCACUACUGAAGGCGGAAAAGCUGAACCUGCAAUACGUGUCACUGCUCGGCACCUCGGCGGGGUCGGAGUGGAACGCGGCGGGCAGGGCGACCAACAAGCGGCCUCCCGGCCGGGGCAUUACGGACCAGGGGUGUUUCGCGCUGGCGCGGGUGCUCAAGCAGAACACGAGCUUGACGUUUUUAGAUUUGGCGGACCACGUGUUUAUCACGCGCGCCGGGGCCACCGCACUGGCGACCGCGGUCGCGGGUAACCGGCAGCGAACCAGCCUGGAAGACAUCCGUGUCACCGUGGCCGGGGAGAACAACCCGGAUGUGCGCACCAAGGCCGAGCUCCUCGACUGCUACGGGCCGUGGUAGAGGAGAAGGCGGCUGCGGCUCUUGUCGAGGAGCGGGGUGCAGCAUAUCGUUUGAUGUCGGGGAAGAGUUUCGGUGUCGCUCUUAGCGAAUGUACAUCUGUAAAUUCGACGUUUAGCAAGACGUCCGCGGAGAGUCUUCUAAUUCUUCCGGGGCUUUAGCGCAAAAGUGUUUCUGUAAAAUGAGCAAGAACAUCAAACAAGUUCCAUCUCGG